AUGUCGUCUAACUACACCUGCACAGCCUGCUCCAAGGCCCUAUUGAGGUCCUCUACCUCGCUGCUCCAGCGAACGAAUCGAGCGUCUCUGCGCCAAGCACGUCGAACAAUCUCCACCACCUCACCCACCGCCUACCAUGCCUCGCAAACGCUGUCAGCAGAUGUCAGGCCUGAAGCGAUCAAGAAGCCGCAUCCCGCUGUGGCGUCGGGCGUGACUGGCCUCGCCCAGAAGCUGCGCGAAAAGGCACCACUCAUGACCGAGACGUACGUCGCAUACGGCGCAACACGGGACCUCAUCAAGGAAUGCACGAAGCCGGGUGAAUACAAGAUACCCCAGGCGCUGCUAAAGCGGGGCGAGAUACCCGUCGACGAGAAUGGUGUGCACCUGGGCGAGGCCGAAGGAUGGUGGUAUGACACCCUCGGACUCAAGCCAACUUUUUCGAAUUGGGCCCAAAUCACCUUCAUCCACAUGUACAUGCUACAAGUCCGCUUCCGCAUGUUCCCCCAGUCACACGCACCGGUAUGGAUCCAGCACCUCACCAACCAGGCCUUCUACGCAGCCGAGGACAGACUGGUCAUAUGGCACAAGUUCAACGCCAAUUCGCUACGUCAGAAGCAUCUCAAGGAUAUGUUUUCGCAGUGGCGGGCGGUGCUGCUGUCGUACGACGAGGGGCUGAUGAAGGGCGACGCUAUGCUUGCGGCGGCUAUCUGGCGUAAUCUGCUCGGCGCAAAGGAAGAUGUUGACUUUGAGAAGCUGGCACAGAUUGUGGGGUAUAUGAGGAGAGAGCUCAAGAGGCUGGAUAGUGCUACGGAUGAUCAGGUGGCGGAUGGGACGUGGACGUUCCGUGGUAGCCCCGGAGACGAGGCGCCUGUUGUUAAGGCGCCGAGUAGGAUGAUGGCGGCUGAGACUUCCAAGGCAUGA